AUGUCUUCCUUCGAUGCCUUCACUGAUGACUUGAACGUCAACUCUUCUUCCACUCACCAACACGAAGACGACGAGGACAACUUCUCCGGCUACGGCGGCUACUCCUCCUUCACCGGAGGUUUUUCAGCCGACGGCGAUGUCGCCGUCGAUCACUCUGCCGCCGCUUCGCCAGAGAUCUACGGAUUCACUGAUCCGAAUCCGGGUUACUCUCAGUCUCCCUUCGAAUCGGCCUCCGUGGAGAACGGAAAUGAAAACGGGAACGGAUACGGUGACGGCGACGGCGUUUUCGUCUCCGAUGGUCCGGUGCUUCCUCCGCCGACUGAGAUGGAGCCGGAGGAAGGUUACGCUCUUCGCGAGUGGCGCCGUCAAAAUGCCAUUCUGCUAGAAGAGAAGGAGAAAAGGGAAAAAGAGAUGAGAUUGAAGAUUAUUGAAGAAGCUGAGGAGUAUAAGGUGGCUUUCUAUGAGAAGAGGAAGGUUAAUGUUGAAUCUAGCAAAGUUCAAAAUAGAGAAAGGGAGAAGUUAUUCUUGGCUAAUCAAGAGAAGUUUCACAAAGAGGCAGACAAAGCUUAUUGGAAAUCAAUUGCAGAGCUCAUUCCCCGGGAAGUUCCCAACAUUGAGAAGAAAAGAGGUAAAAAGGAUCAGGACAAGAAGCCAUCGAUUACAGUCAUUCAAGGCCCAAAGCCUGGCAAACCAACGGAUCUGUCUAGGUUGCGGCAAAUACUGUUAAAGCUGAAGCAUACACCACCACCUCACAUGAUUCCUCCACCACCUGCUCCUGCUAAAGAUGCCAAAGACAGUAAGGAUGGAAAAGAGAAAGCAUCAAAAGCAACUGGAUCUGCAGCAGAAGGUGCACCUGCUUCACAACCAAAGGAUGCUGCCUCUAAUGGCGCUGCAGACGAACCCCAGAAAGAUGCUACUGCCACUGAGGAGCAGCCUGUUGUAUGA